CUUCCGUCUUCAACCUAUUGCGAAAACCCAGAUUUUGUCAGCGUUUCUCACCAACCAAACGCUGUUAAGGAAAAAAACAAUGAGAAAAGCAGGGCCAAGAAAGGAAGGGAACUACACGAAUCCAUGUUUAACGAUGCAUCAGCCAUGGGCUUCAUUGUUAGUUUAUGGGAUCAAACGUAUAGAAGGCAGGUCUUGGCCUGCUCCAAUCAGAGGCCGCCUUUGGAUACAUGCUGCCAGUAAAGUCCCGGAUGAAUCUACGAUCAAAGCAAUGGAGGAUUUCUAUAGGGAAAUUUACGCAUUGAAUGGAAUUACCGAUAUUAAAUUUCCAGAACAUUACCCUAUCUCAAGACUGCUAGGGUGUGUCGAAGUGGCUGGCUGUUUGACAUGUGAAGAAUUGGUUCAAUGGGAGGCACUACCUGAAGGGGUUAGGCUAGAAGGACAAACUGAUUUUUGCUGGCUUUGUGAACAACCAAAGAAAUUGUUAGUUCCAUUUGAGAUGCGAGGAUACCAGCGUAUUUAUAAUUUGGAAAAGAAGAUAUAUGAGGCUGCUGUUAGAGGCCUUGUCCCAGUUGACGGUCCGGCACCUGUAAAAUUUCCAUUACCAAACCCGAGGGAUCCUUUCUCCUUGAAGCCGGGAUCGAUUGCGGCUUCCUUUCCGAAUUCAAAAGCAUCUGCCAUUGAGAAAUCAUCUAGUCUCAGUGCAGCAAUAGCUGGUGCACGAGGAGCUGCUACACAGUUUUCAAAGGACCAAAAUAUUCGUACAAAUGCCAUCCUGAACAGUGCACCUGAUUCAGUAUCGACUGAAACGCGGACGAUAUUUAUAGAUGAUAGAAUACCUGAUGGUAACUUAAAGGAAGGAUCCAUGGAGGCAAAUUCAGCCUCAAAGCAAAGUGACUAUGUCGAGGAAGAGGGAAGCAGUAGUCGCAAUCAACCUCCUACACGUCCAAAACAGGAUUCAGGUGCCCCAUCUAAGAUUUUUGCUGCGGCAUUAAGGGGGCUGAAGCCAUCAUGAAUCUCAAAGUUGUCAACUAAUUCUUAGGGCAAGGAGCUUGUAUAAUUCAUUUUCUUCAUUAAUCUUUUUCCAUUUUAAUGUAUGAUUCAAUUAUCCUUGUAUGUUUCUGGUUCUUAGGGCUUGAUUUAUUUGUUGAAUUUUCAUGGAUUAUUCUAAUUUAUAAACUCUGACAUUGUGUAGAAACGAUGACUAUUUCAUGCAAGAGUGGAUUCUCCAACACUAUUUUUCAGUUUACAA